AUGGGGAUCGACAAGCGGGGAGUUCCGAGAGGAAAAUGCAGUGAGUGUGAGUGUGAGGAGUUUGAAAGUGUCAACAGCAUUGUUUGUGAGUACUGUGGCCACCCACCAGUCAAACAUGAGAAGCAUAGUGAUAUUCUCUCACCACCGGCUAAGAAAAGAGUUGUCUCGGUUUCCAGUGACAUUACACAGCCACAGCCACUCUGCAACUCAACACAGGUAACCUUCGAUCCCGCAAUACCAGAUCCUGAUGUAUCACCGGCGGUCAUCCCCGGUUCUGGUUUUUUAGAGCGAGGCUGCGACUCAGCACAGGUAGUUUCCGAUUCUCUGGUACCAGCUGGCUUGUCAGAGGAGGUCCUCGAUUCAUCUCAUUCACCUUCGAAACCAGCAGUACCCACUGCUGAUUUCUCAGCUGCAGUCUCUAAUCCGUUAACCAUAGUAAGUAUCAAUCCACAGACCUCGUCAGAGUAUCCCUUGGCAGCGAAAAACGUGAUAUCGUUUCUGAAAAACGUUGCAAAAGAGGAAGGAAACUUGUCAACCCCGGUCUCAAGAUACCAGUUGUCAAUCACAGAAGAAGGAAAACUGAAGGUUUCUUGUAAAGUAUGUAAAAAAGAUGUCUUGGUCGGCGACACAAAGCACUCCCGUGUACAGAAUUUGAAGGCUCAUUUGGACAGCCGUGAGCACCAACUGCAGCUUGCAAUCCUGGAGAAUGAAGAGGAUUACCCAACUUACAUUACAGCAAGUUUCCGCGAGAUCGAUCAAGCAUUUCCACGCAUGUUCCUCUUGACACACAAAGGAGCAUUUUGCCGUGUGUGCAGCAAUAUCAAUAUAUCGUUGAGUGGCCAAAGAAAUCCUUUUGGAAAUGCCAAGCAACAUGUUGAAAGUAAAGUACACAAAACAAAGAUGCAUGGAAGUUCGAUAGUUAGCAGCAGAGAUAUUUCUUCGUAUUUCCAAGCACCUCCGAGGAAGGAGCCAAAGAAGUGA